GCGAGGGGCACUGAAGGCAAACAGCCUGCGGCGCGGUAUAAUCGUGCAACAUAUAAGCGCUGUCGAACCACUCCCAAGCGUCGCGCGCGGCGUUCAAUUGAUUGACAUUGACCAAUGAAGCUACUAUUGCUGCUGUCCUACACAUGCCAUGCCCUGGUGCUACCGCCGCGGCGCCUCGCGGUCGGACGACCGCUUGCGCCGCGCUUCGCCCCACCAAACAAGGUGGCCAUCCCCCUCGAGGGCACCUACGCCGUCGCGAACGAGCAGAAGGAGGUGCCGUUCCCGCACACGAAGCUCGGCAUCGGAUUAAUUGUGACCGCUUUGGUGCUGCAGUCCGCGGGCGCGUCGCUUUUGGCAAGACGCGUCGCGCUGCGCCAUUCCUAUGAUGGUGCCGUGGCGGGCCUCCUGCAGGAAGCUGUGAAAGUUCCAAUCGGCCUGGCGUGGCUCGUUUUCGUGGCGGGCGACGCGCCGCUCCGGGAGCGACUUGGUAGAUUCGCGAGAGCUUAUACCGAAGCCCCAAAACAUGUCCCGCAGCUCGCCGUGCCGGCGGGGUGCUUCGCGGCGCAGAACGUGCUCUUCUACUACGCGCACGCGCGGCUGUCCGCGACGGUCUACUUAUCGUUAUCACAAUCCAAAACGCUCUUCACGGCGCUCUUCUCCGUACCAUUGUUAGGUAGAAGACUAUCAAAGACGCAGUGGGCGUCGCAACCCUUACUCAUGGCCGGCUGCGUGCUGGUCCUCAUGCAGAGCAUGGCCUCGUCAUCAGCAUCAAAAGCAGGCGCCGCGGCCGUCGCCGCCGGCGCGGCCGCUUGUUUAGCAUCUGGCCUCUUAUCGGGCUUCGCGAACGUGUUUUUUGAGAAAAUCCUCAAGAAGCGCGCGCAAAAAACGGACGAGGGCUUCUGGGCGCGGCAACUGCAGCUCAGUUUGGUCACGUUCCUGUUCGUCCUGCCCUGCGCGCCGCGGAACUGGGCCGCGCAAGCGAUGAAGUUGCCUCCACAAGUAUGGGCUGUGGUAUUUCUCAAGGCGCUCGGGGGCUUGCUCAUCGGCGCGACCAUCAAAUACGCGUCGGCGAUCUCCAAGAACUUCGCCUCGGCGUGCGCCAUCGUGUUGACGGCGGCGCUGAGUCGCGAGGCGCGAAUAUCAACGACGUUCCGGAGCGGCAUCCUGGCCGUCGUCGCGAGCAUGGUCAUGUUCCAGGCGUGUCCUCCGAAGAAACUAUCCGAGUCGUCCGUUCCUUAAAUAGUCUGUGUCUUA